UAUACACACAGAAUGAACUCUGAACAGUGUGCCCAUGAUGACGUGACUGAUAAACACACAUUAAUGUGGGAUUAAGGGGAGAGAUAAACCUCAGGCCAUGUAGAUUUCAUUUCGACAGUAGCCCCAAGGAGGCCCGCAUGCCGCCGCUCUUCUUCUUUUGUUUGAUUGUAUCACAAAGACUGGAUUAACAUCUCUCCUGAGUUCACAAGACCAUGACUAUCGGCAGGAGCUCCAGAAAGAACAAGGCCCCUCGGUCUCCUCCUUUCCUGGACAAGGCUAAUGGAUUCUAUGGGCGCUUGGAUGAGAUAUUUGGAGAUGAUGUACAGAUGGAGAGGGAGACCACGGACGAACAGAUAGGAACUUUAAACCGGAGCACCCAAGACAAUAGUACAGCUCCAGGCUGGAUAGAAGAAGAUGACCAUGCAGGUGAUUUUAACCAGGGCAUGAUGGAAGACGAUGGGACCACUUUGCUAAAGAGAAAGCCCAGCAGACUGAGUCGCCGCUGGAGCAGGAUGAGCUCCAGAAAGGGAAAAUACGACAAGUUUUCCUCUGAAAAAGAACUUGGUAGUGAGACCAGCAAACCCACCUCGGUAGAUCUAAACCCAGAGGUGCCACCAGCAACCCAAACCCUGGGAAACAGCAAAGAACCAGAACCGACUCUGGUCCAUUUCUCUGUGAGGGAGCAUGCCGAUGACCAGAUUCUGAUAUCAGGGAAGAAUGAAGGAGAACGGGAAAUGGAAGACUCAAGAAAAGAGAAGAAGACAGAAGGCACACUGAAUGAAGAGUCAAUGGAAGUUGUUAAGAGGAACACUCUUAAGAAUUAUCGCAAGGCCGUGGAUAGAGCUUUCCGCCGAGGAUGGGAGACUUUCGUUGCCAAUCUGUACAGUGUGACACUGACACCUAUAUCAUCAACCUCCUCUUCAUCCACACCAUCAGACAAAACUGAAUUGAACAGGAAUCGUGUUUUAGCAGAAUUCCGAUAACAGUAGAACAGACUGAUUUGUAUUGUCAAAUUGAUGAGCGAUUUCGAUUAUUAAUUUAAAUGUGCAUUAUAUUUAAUAUGCAUUGUUGUUCUUGCAUAAAAGUGAUAGCCGUCGAAUCUUGCUUUAAACCGAUCAUUAUGUAACCUGACAUGAAAGGUCAAUAUUUGAACUUUUUAUCAGUGUUUAAAUUUGUUAUCACAGUGCUAACUAAGGAGACGUCUACCUGAUCUUUGCUCCCUUGUGAGGAAACAUGAGGCCUGUGCUAUUAAUUAUACAACGUGGACAAAACUUUUUUAUUUGAUGUGAUAAAUGUUUUUGAGCUGUGAAAAGUAGAAGAGUUUCUGUACUUUGGCGAUGAGCAUAUAUAACAGGUUAUGAACUCUUAAAAAAAUCUGGGAGCUCAUGUUUUUUUUUUGGUUGUUUAUUGUCAUCCACUGGUAACAUCACUGGCAGUGAAGUAUAUAAAUAACUGAGCCAAGAGAUGUAGUGAAGAUGGCUUUUGUUUUCUUGAGACAUAUUUAUCUUCUUUAACUUACGUGCUGAACCCAGUUUCCUGAUGCCAUUUAGGAGAAUUUUUAUUUCUAACGUUUUAUUUUAUCUGCAUUGUGACAUCAAAGCAGUGCUUAUAAUAAAAAGGAAAAGUGGGGAAAAAAUCAAUCUGUUUGGCUUGAUUCUGUUCUACUUUAGAAAAGUGUAUCGCUGUUUCUCUUAAAGCAAAAAAUAAAAAUACAAAUAUUAUAUAAAAAAAAAAAAAAAUUGGGACCAACAUAAACCAAAAUAUAUAUGAACCAUAUCAACCACAAUGAUUAACAAGACUCUUUUGUUAUUUUAAGAAUAAAAUUGUGCGUGCGUGUGUGUGUGUGUGUGUGUGUGUGUGUGUGUGUGUGUGUGUGUGUGUGUUAAGAAUUAUCGCACACACAACACACACUUUUAUACACACUUAACAUAGCAAAAACGUCACGUUAAACAUUGUGGUUGUGCUCUUAUAAUUACUGAGUGAGUUUGAUCAUUAGGAUGGGUUUUCUGGAUAAUAGAUGCAUACAGAAAACAAACACAUAGAUGUACACAUAGAUACAUAGAUGUAAGAGUACAUUGAAUCGAUUUCUUGUUUCAAAUCUGUUUUAGGCCUACCAGUUCCUUUUUACUGGUGCAGAUGUGAUGCCAUCUAGUGGAAAACGCGAUGCCUAAAAUGGACAGUUAGGAUUUUUUUUACUUGUUUCUUAUAUUACAAAUCAACCAGCAACAAAGCAGCUGUAUUCCUGUAAUGCUCGUAUACAUGUGUUACACGUUCAAAUAGUGUUAUACGUUAUUUUGCCUCUUAGUGUCUGCGCCCACUAUGCUGCAUUUAACACUUUUCUAAUACGCUUUUACAUAUCUUUUGUGAGGGGAACGUUACAGUUUGUUAUUUUAGUAAAUUAUAUAAACCUUAAUGUCAUAUAACUAUAUAAUUUUUGAUGUCAAAUGUUUACCUUUAAUUUUUUUUUUUUUUUUUCUUCAACAAAAUCAAUGUUGGCGCCUUUAAAUGUAAUCCAGUAACCUCAUUGGUUGUUUGUAAAAUGGGCGUGGAUUUUACGUGACAAGAAUAAAAUGCGCCGACACCUUCUCGUCGUUCUUUUUGGAGCAGCUUCUUCUCUGCUCUUUUAACCAUGACGAUAAUGAAGUGCAUGGGCACGUGGGAAGUUUCUGGUCCACCUGCUGGGAUGAGUAGACUGAGAUCUGAUAAAUUCAAGGUCCCCUCUACAUGAAAUCUGAGAGAAUGAUGACCAUGGCUUGUGUUGGUCAUCCCCUUUUAUCUGUUGUGGUGGUCAUGCUGCGUCGUGAUGAUGAGGUAGUGUCAGCACAGUGAGCUUUAAGGACCCCCAACUCCCAAGGGCUGUUCAAGACUGAGUGGUUAAAGUCCUUUUUGAUACUAGGGUUCCGUACCUACAGUACAGUCAACAGGUGGCAAACCUGAUGACAAAUUCAAAGGACCGCAGUGGGACGUUCUGCUCCCUUGAAAAAUGCUGAAGUUGGUUGCUGUUGAACUGGCUGAAACCUGAUGUUCAUCCAUGCAACAUCUGUUCCUAGUGUAUUCUGUGGACUUGGGUUCUGCACCCUUGAGUAUAUUGGCUGACCAUAAAGGUUGCUUAAAAUUGGCAUACAAGUUGAAACCCGGAUGACACUGGCUGAAACCCUGAUGUUCUUCCCUGUGCUGUUGUUGCAAAAUAAAUGGGUUCUGAAUCA